GAUUGAUUUUAUUUUCAUCCUUUCGCUUUUGCUUAUCAUUUGUCAUUCUCUUAAUUGUUCAAUUGUAAUUCUCUAAUUAGAUAUUCUAAUUUGAUUUGUGUUCGUCAACAUUGUCAACAAUUAAAAUGGUAAAAGCGGUUUGUGUCCUUAAAGGAGAUGCCGGUGUUACUGGUGUAGUUCAUUUGGAGCAAGAGGCUGAAGGAGCAACUAAGGUUAAAGGUGAAAUCACUGGAUUAAAACCUGGUGCUCUUCAUGGUUUCCAUAUCCAUGAAUUUGGUGACAAUACAAACGGUUGUAUGUCUGCUGGUCCUCAUUUUAAUCCACACAAAAAGGAACAUGGUGCUCCUGCUGAUGAGAAUCGACACAUUGGUGAUCUAGGAAAUGUCCAAGCUGAUGCCUCGGGAAAGGCUACAUUUGAAUUAGCAGAUUCUCUGGUCAGUCUUACUGGUUCACUUUCAGUUAUUGGUCGUUCAAUUGUUGUCCAUGCCGAUCCUGAUGAUCUUGGUAAGGGAGGUCAUGAAUUGAGCAAAACCACUGGAAAUGCCGGUGCGCGAUCGGCUUGUGGUGUCAUCGGUGUUUCCAAUUAGUAAAUUGGAAAGAAUCACCUUGAUUAACAUUAGAUAAUUCCAAUGCUCUGAUUGUAUUUUAUUUUGUAUCUAUUAUUUUUUCAACAUGGUUGUUAGUCUCUCUCCUCAGUUUGUGUACUUGUUUUCCUGUUAAAAUCCAAGGACAACCAGGUUAUCUGCCAAAGCAUUUAUUGUUAAUUCAAUGGGAUGAUGUAAAAUUGAGUCUCAACAAUUAGCGAGCCGAGUGCAAUCAACAAAGUCAUUAACGAGAGAAAAAAAAAUUCACUAAGAUCACCAACAUAAACACUCACAUUGAAAAUCCAAUUAGAUUUUAAAAGAUAACCAGUUCUUAAUGUUUUUCUCCUUACUUUUCCUCCCCUUAUAAUCCAUCUUUCAAUAUUGUCAAACCAAAAUAAAUUAGAAUCACAUUCAAAAAAUUAA